UGGAAACCGAAAGGGGUGUGGAUUUUCAUCCUCCUCCUAACAAGGACCAGGACCUCCGUCUUGUAAAUCCACCGCGCAUACCACUGCGCCACGGUUGUGGCUAAAGUUGCGGCUAAAACAUACAACUACAAAAAUAAAAAUAAUAAGCUUAACACGCAACACCUGGGAUUGAAGUGCAAUAAUAUUCCCAUAUUUUUAUCGGACCACCUAACACAGAAAGGUAACAGACUGUAUUACUUAGCAAGAGAGCUGACUAGAUCGCAGAACUACAAAUUCUGUUGGACCUCUCUCGGUGACGUUUUGGUUCGUAAGGACAUAAACUCCCCGAUUAUAAAAAUUAUAAGUGAAUCACAAAUAAAGAGCCUAUAUGAACCUACAAAGUGACUAGAUCCUAUCCUAGUAGUUAUGCCGUACUCCUGGACUAAUAUUUUUAUAUAUUACCCAACUAUGAAUUUGCUCAUUGUAUUUUUUCAUUUUGUAACUUUAAUUGUAAAAUUUUGUUUUCUUGUAUCUUUUAUUACAACUUUUUAUGUUUACCUUCAUGUUUUAUACAAUCUCUUACACAUACUACGAUUAUACACAUUAAAUACAAAUUACCUACAUUUUUUCUGUACAUACACUACGAGUAUAGCAACUCAAACUUACACAUUACAGAGAACUAUCACUAGCUAUGCCGUCCUGUUUUUAUGUCAACAAAUAGACGCAAGCACAUUAUCUAUUGCUAACUUAUAUUUACUAACCCAAAAUCAAGUACAUAAAAUUCAUAUUAUUUAUAAGAAAUUUUACUAUUUUCUAAAGUGUAACAAGUCAAUAACAAGUAGAUCUAAUAUUAUGAUAGUAAUUUUUUAUGACACAUGUGUGUUUGUAAACAUUUUAUCUAAUACUUUUAACAAUGGAUAACAUAUUGCAAACCAGUGCAGAUAUAGACAACACCCAUUUUGCCCAGGCCCUGAUGUGUAAACCUGAGGACAGUCUUGCUUACAUCGUACCCUCAAAUAACUUAACUAUUUUAACUCAAAAUAUAAGGAGCAUUUAUAAAAACUUAGACAGCUUUCAAGUAACGUUGCACUCACUUAAUUUUGAUUGCGAUGUAUUAGUUAUGACCGAGUGCCAUCUCUCAGAAAAUAAACCUAUUCCUGUACUUAGUGAUAACUACAAUACAUAUUAUACAAAGAAAUGUAUAAACCAAUGUGACGGAGUUAUAUUUUACGUUAGCAAGACUCUCAACUACGCAAUAUCUGAACCUAAUAUUAGCAAUGCCUCUUGCCUUGUACUUACACUUAAAGACACUGUAGUUAUUGGUAUAUAUCGUAGCCCUUCAAUUAGAAAUACUGACGACUUUAUAUCUUCUUUAGAAUUACAACUUCAAAAUUAUAAACAAUAUGAAAAUAUUAUUAUAACGGGUGAUAUUAAUAUAGACAUAAAACUGAACUCAGCCGACCCUAAUUGCAAUAACUACCUAACCACGCUUGCAUAUCAUGGUCUUCUCCCGGGUCAUAGACUACCCACGCGUGAUAAAAUGUGUUACGACCACAUGAUGCUCAAAACGUCAUUACCCGCGAAGUCUCUUGUUCUGUCCAACGCACCAACCGAUCACUCCACCGUUAUCAUAAACCUUAUGUAUAAGCCACUGUACCAUAAUGUUGUGAAAACCAGAGCCUCAGUAGAUUUUGAUGGUGCUUCAAAUGAAAUAAAGUCUAAAAUUACAGUGAUACUAGAAAGUCAAGACCCAGUUCAAGCUGCCGAGUGCCUGGUUGAUACAAUUUCUACGGCAUUGCACAACAAUCGCAAAACAAUUUCUAACGUUUUCCAUUUAUAAAGUGACACAACCUAACAUCAACUUUAGUCUGAAAGCACAUACUUGCGACCAUUCCGUUUCGAAUAUUUGCACAUGCAACAAUAUUGCUAGAGUUGAUAGUAUUAGAUAUCUAGGAGUAAUUAUUGAUCAGCAUCUGAGCUGGAGACGACAUAUAGAAUGCAUUACGGAUAGGACGAGAAAACUUAUAUGGAUCUUCAAAAAACUCAGACACGUUGCUAAUGAAAAAAAUCUCAUAAAUACAUACAAGGCUCUGGCACAUUCUGUGAUUAGUUACUGCAUAACCGUAUGGGGAGGUGCAGCCAAAACCCAUUUAAUUGCCCUUGAAAGAGCUCAGAGAUCAUUGUUAAAAGUGAUGUUCUUUAAACCUUUUCGAUAUCCCACUUUUUCACUACACUCCAGCUAUAAAUUACUCACAAUUAGACAGACAUAUAUAUUUAACUGUAUAAAUAAAAUUCACCAAAAGCUGCCGUUCCAACCACACAACACUUCAAAACGUAGAACUACUAAAGUUUGCCAAUAUACACGAAGCAGAACUAAAUUUAUAAGAAAGCAAUAUGUCACAAAAUUAAUGCUUUGACUCAUAAUAAAUUGAAACGGGUGGUAACUGAUACCUUGCUGGCCCUAGACUAUGAACAAACUGAACUUUUACUUAAAGAUAACUUUUCUUAAAUACGGACGCAAUUAUUUCAUAUAAAACACAAACUGAAAAUACACACACGCACACACACACAUAUACGUACACACACACACACACGCACACACACACACACACGCACACAAACACACACACACACGCACAUACACACACACUAAAUAUAUUAUAAUUUAUAAUUCUGUUAUUUGUUAACUACGGUUGUUCUGUGUGGUGAAUGAGCGGGGCACCCAGUAAUACGGGUUUUCCACCUAGUACAGGGGCCCUUGCUACUUGUUUGUAAGACUUAGUUGACGAAUAAAGAUUUUUUCAUUUU